UUUUUUUUUUCUUCUUCUUCCCCCCCCUCUAUCUUGUCACUAUGGAGCCCAACAGGAAAAGAAAGGUUUCGGCCGUGUGGGAUCACUUUGAUCUUAUUUCGCCAACGAAGGUUAAAUGUGGCAUCUGUCAAACAGAACUAUCACACACAAACAGAAGCACAUCUUCACUGCUCAGGCACUACAGAGCACUUCAUGAAAAUGAGGACACAAACCGGCCUGCACCAGGAAUGAACACAGCCUCCAGGAAACAGAUCUUGGACGAGGCUGUACUGAAUUUUGUCUUAAAGGACUGCCGACCUCUCAGCAUUGUGGAAGGCGAGGGAUUCAGGGAACUCCUUCAGGUCCUUGAGCCUUCAUAUGUUUUGCCAACCAGAAAGACUGUGAAAGAAAUGGUUGCUCAAAAAUAUGGAGAGGAACAGGACCGAGUGAGAAGGGAAGUACAGCAAGCUGUGGCAGUGAGUACUACAGCUGACAUGUGGACAUCUGUGAACAUGGAGGCUUACUCGGCUCUUACCUGUCACUACAUUAAUGAAAAUAUGCAGUUGUGUCCAUCUGUGUUAGGAGUGCAGCACUUUCCACAAAGUCACACUGCUGACAAUAUGGCCCAAGUCAAAAUGGGCAUGAUGGAUGACUGGGCCAUAACUGGUAAAGUGUCUAGUGACCGAUGCAGCGCCAAACAUGAUAGCAUCAACAAGAAGCCUGAACAUCCGCCAUUCAAUCUGCAUCGCACAUACUCUUAAUUUAUUAGUAAAAAGUCAUGUGAUCAAAUACCAACACUUACAGCAAUAAGAAACAAAUCCAGGCAAAUUGUUUCCUACUUUAGAUCAAGCACUACAGCAAAAGAGAAGCUCGCUCAAGUGCAGCAACAGAUGGGACGGCCAACCCUAAAACUCAUCAAUGAGGUACCAACACGCUGGAGCAGCACAUCUCAGAUGCUAUCAAGGCUACAUGAUGAGAAGGAACCAGUGUGGGUACCUCUUCCUCGCUCAGCACUAACAUUACUCCACUGAUGGCAGACGAGUGCACAGUCAGAGCAGAGACACUGCUUGUGCUUGCUCCUUUCUAUCAGGCCACAGUGGAGUUGUCAGAAGAGAAGAGAGUUUCUGGGUCAAAGGUCAUCCCCAUGAUGAAAAUGCUUUAUCAUGCACUUGAGCAUAAUGCUUCAAAUUUGCACACACCUGACGCAAUACAACUACAUGAACACCUUAGGCGUGGUGUCACUGACACUGCUUCCAAUCUGGAGUCACUGACUGUGUUGACACUAUCAACACUUCUUGACCCAAGAUUUAAAUCACUCGGUUUCCGAAGUUCCAACAAAUGUAGCGAAGCAAUAAGGAGACUGAGAGCUGAAUGUGCUGCUUUAAUGGGCCACACAUCAACCGAGCCACAGCCUGGACCUUCCUCGGCAACAACUUCAGGCAUGUUAUUCAGCCUUAUCUGUUUAUUUGUUCAUUUAAUUGUUUGCAAAUCAUGUACUAAAAUACCCAUCUGUUGUUUCGUAGACAACCUGUGGCAAUAUCUGGACAAUGAAGUCAGCAGGCAAACCACCAGCACCAGAGCAGAUGCAAUAAUUGAGGUCCAGAGAUACAUGUCAGAAGGCAACAUCCCCCAUUCCAGUGAUCCACUGAAAUACUGGGACAGUCAAAGAAGAAAUUACCCUCACCUGUUUCAGCUCUCUUUACAGUUUCUUUGCACACCAGCCUCCUCGGUGCCAUGUGAACGAUUAUUUUCUAAAGCCGGAGAAAUUGCAUCAAAAAAGCGAAAUCGGCUGAAGGCCAAAACUUUGGAAAGGCUUAUUUUUUUGAAUCAAAAUUUGUAAAAAAAAAAAAAAAAAAAAUCCCAGUCCACAAGCA